AUGAAAAGUUGCUUCUCCGCUGUUCUAUCGUUUGCUGCGCUCGCCACUUUGUUUGCUGGUGUAACUGCCAACGAAGACGGAAAUCUUGGUGCUGGUAGACGCAGGACUCAUGAACAGUCUCGUGUUCGGCAAGGCAUCAAGAACCGUAGCGGUGAAAAUAAUCAUGUCCCCCGUGUAGAUGAUGCUGGAAGUCCCCGAGCCCAUCAAGCCAACCGCCAACAGUUACCUUGUGUUUUGAUUCUCAGGGAAAUAGAAUUUGCUGAUGGUCACCACGAGGGAAACUGGAGGUGUGAGCUCCAUGGUUACGAUGCUGAAAUAGCAGGGGGUGAGCCUGGUGACACCGUGAUGGCUUCCAUUGAAGGAAUCGAUCUCAUAUUGGAAUCCAACCCCGGCGUUGUGAGUCAUGUGACCACAUUUUUUUCCCAUGGAGCACGCAUUCAUGGUAAACGCAUCAUCAUUUCUGAAGAAGAUGAGCUUUUGUUUGGAGAGGUACCUCAUCACCAAAGACGACUUGCCCUCAAGACCGGGGACUUGAAGACCCUUAUCGUUCGAGUGACCUCAAACGACGGUACAGUGUUCAGCAGUGCUACGGAUAUCGCAAAUACUAUCUUUGGACUCAACGGGGUUAGCCCAAGUUUGAGCGCUGUGGCCAAUGGUUGUUCCUGGAACGGACUGGACAUUGUUCCGGCUACAGGGGCUGACAUUACCAAUGGUGUUCUUGAAAUGAACUUGGAUGCGACUGUAAAAGGUGGCGAGUGCGAAGUGUUUUGUGAAACUAUCUUAAAGCAAGUCAUGAAGAAAUAUUCCAUUUCCGCAGCAGAGGGACUGAAAUCUAAGUUUGAUCUUGUUCAAGUUGUUCUUCCCGACGGAUCUGGUCAUUAUGAUGAUCUGACUUGGGUAGCGCAUGCAGAUUUCGGAGGCGUCGAUAGCUGUUUCAACGAUUACACUAUCCGCUAUCCAAACCUUGCAAUGCAUGAGACUGGCCAUAACUGGGGUCUGGAACAUGCAAACGAAAAUGGUGAGGCGUACGGAGAUGACAGCGGCGCUAUGGGGUCUGCUCCCCAUGGUGAAGACUUUGGAAAGGUCUGCUUCAAUGGCGGCCACUCUUGGGUAUUGGGCUGGUAUUAUGACUACAACAUCGAGGUGGACCCUCUAGCCAAGAAUUUUGACGGGAAAUUGGCAGGAGUUGGAAAGUAUCCUGGAAUUGGAGACGAUGAAUAUGUGGUACUAAAACUUACUGCCAGUAGUGCUGGCAAUUACUAUAUCAUGUUCAAUCAUAAGAUUGGUGUCAACGCUGAUACAGUGGAAGGCGAAAACACAGUCACCGUUGUCACUAUGAAAGACUCUACCAUGACAAGUCUGAAGGCGAAACUGGCUGCCGGUAAGAAAUAUGCUAUUCCCAACUUCGAAGGUAAAGCAGAAACAGUGACUAUCGAAGUCGUAUCCAUUGACAGCUCCUCCAGUGGCUUUGCGCAUGUUCGAGUCUACAAGGGCGCGUCUCCGUCUCCUCUAACCACUACAGCAGAAGAUGAGCCCGCCAAUGAGCCUGAUGAAUCCGAAUGUACCGAUUUAGAAGACUGGCAAAACGAUUAUGGCGACAGCUGUGCUUGGUAUGACGAUGAAGACCCAGGAUGUCCAGAAACCAAAGACGAACUUGGUUAUUUAACUGAUGAUGAUGCCAGCGUAGGAAUCCCGGCUUCGAAGGCUUGCUGCCAAUGCAAAAAGUAG